UUUAGCUUCUUCUUAUUCAUCUUUUUCCUUCCUCACCUAGCAUCCGCCUCAUGCAGUGCAGCAAAAUGCACCCACAGAGGGCCCCGGGUUCGAUUCCCAUUCUGGCUAACAAACCGCCAAGACUCGCGCUGUGGGUAUCCAAAGUUUGGUCUCAUAUGCGAUAGUGAAAGGAAGCAAACCGUUGUCACUCUCCCGUCUACGUCGGGAGACUUCUUCGUCGACAGCAUCAACUACAGGGACCAAAUGGUAUCGAUCAUCGAUGCCACCGGGAACGGCUGCCUCAUCAAGCGGUUCCUGGACCAGGAAAUCAGCCUCGUAGAUUCAGCCUUCUUAUUUGCGAAUGGUAAUCAGUACAAGUUCUUCAAUUGCUCGCCUAAAGCAGAGGAAGUACUAGCUUAUUAUCCAACCAUCUCUUGCCUCAUCAGUGACGACAGCAAGGUCAUUGCUGUGCCAUGACUGCCAUCAAUAUCGUCUGGGCCACCAAUAGUACCGUCUGAUCUUUGCUCUGUGAUGUCGGAAGCUUUCGUUCCGGUGGACUCCACUCCAUUUCUUCCACCAUAUGUAUCUCAGUGGGAAAAUAUUAACUUUGGUUUUCGGUUGGCGUGGGCUGAGCCUGAUUGUGGUUACUGUGAACUAACUCAUAGAGCUUGUCGGUUUGAGAAUGCUACAAGUUGGCAGAUUGGUUGCUCUGGUCGAAGAGGUCUCUCAAAUGCUGCAAGAACUGGCUUAAUUAUAGGCCUGGGAAUCCCGGGGCUUGUGGGCAUUUCUGGGCUUGCAAUGCUUAUAACGGACAGGAUGAGGACCCGUCGUCAGGGCAACCACACAACCAUGGAACUAUCCACGGUAACUAAUGAACAAUCUCCAGUAGUCACAGCAGUGGCCGGCCUUGAUGCUGCGACCAUCGAAUCGUAUCCUAAGACUCAACUUGGUGAGAGCGUGGAUUUACCUAGCCCAAAUGAUAAAACUUGCUCUAUAUGUUUGGCCGAGUACCAGCCCAAGGAAUCUCUCAGGGGUAUACCUGUAUGCAACCAUUAUUUUCAUGCUAUAUGUAUAGAUGAAUGGCUAAGAAAUAAUUCGACUUGUCCGCUUUGUCGGAAUCCACCUGAUCGACAGUAAUGAAAUAUGCAACAUAAUCAUUUUGUACGUCUUGAUUAUAUAAGUUCCUGGUUCUAAAUACAGUACAUAAUACAAGCAAUUUUAGUAUA